GUCUGCAAGAUGAUCAGUUAAGUAGUCCAGAGGGUCUGAAGCUGUUUAAUAUGACCAUGCCUUCUAUCCCCAUACCCAUGUCUGAAGACUGCCUGUACCUCAACAUCUACACACCUGCCCAUGUCCAUGAGGGAUCUAGCCUGCCUGUGAUGGUAUGGAUCCAUGGUGGUGCGCUGGUUGUAGGCAUGGCUUCCCUGUAUGAUGGAUCCCUUCUGGCAUCUUCUGAGAACGUGGUGGUGGUCAUUAUCCAGUACCGCCUAGGUGUCCCAGGCUUCUUCAGCACUGGAGACCAACAUGCCACUGGCAACUGGGGCUACCUGGACCAAGUGGCUGCCCUGCACUGGGUACAGCAGAAUAUUGCUCACUUUGGAGGCAACCCUGACCGUGUCACCAUAUUUGGCGAGUCAGCAGGUGGCACAAGUGUGUCCUCACAUGUCUUGUCUCCCAUGUCCCAAGGACUCUUCCAUGGUGCCAUCAUGGAGAGUGGGGUAGCCCUACUGCCUGAUCUCAUCUCCAGCUCACAUGAGGCCAUCUCCACAGUGGUGGCCAACAUGUCUGGAUGUGGGAAUAUUGACUCAGAGGCCAUGGUGAGAUGCCUCCGUGGCAAGAGUGAAGAGGAGAUUGUGGCUAUUACGAAGUCCUUGAAAAUCAUCCCUGCUGUAGUGGAUGGGGCCUUCCUGCCUAGGCACCCCCAGGAGCUGCUGGCCUCUGCUGACUUUCAACCUGUCCCCAGCAUCAUUGGUGUCAAUAAUAAUGAGUAUGGCUGGAUCAUCCCCAUGAUAUCUGGCUUUGCUGACAAUCAGAAGAAAAUGAACAGAGAGACUCUACAGGCUGUUCUGCAAAGCAUGUCAGCACAGAUGAUGUUGCCUGCUGAGUUUGGUGACCUGUUGAUGGAAGAGUACAUGGGAGACAAUGAGGACCCCCAGGUCCUCCAACUCCAGUUCUAUGAGAUGAUGGCAGACUCUAUGUUCGUGAUUCCUGCCCUCAAAGUAGCACAUUUUCAUCGUUUCCAUGGCACUGUGUACUUCUAUGAAUUCCAGCAUCCUCCCAACUUCCUGAAAAACAUCAGGCCACCCCACGUGAAGGCUGAUCAUGGUGAUGAGGUUCCCUUUGUCUUUGGAUCCUUCCUGUGGGGCCAGAAAGCUCCCUUCACUGAGGAGGAGAAGCUACUAAAUAGGAGGAUGAUGAAGUAUUGGGCCAACUUUGCACAAAAUGGGAACCCCAAUGGUGAGGGCCUGCCCCACUGGCCUGCCUUGGACAAUGAGGAGCUGUACCUGCAGCUGGACAUUGAGCCUACUGUGGGCCGUGCCCUGAAGGCCUCCAGGCUGAAGUUCUGGAUGGAGACCCUGCCCGGGAAGAUCCAGGACCUAAAGAGGGCUGAGGAGAAGCACACAGAGCUGUAGCCCUCUGUGUGUGGGAGGGAUGGGUGGGUGUGAGCGCACGUAGGGUCUGCCUAUGACAUACACCCACUCGCUCACACAGCCAUUGAUCCACUCUUCAUGCAUCCAUUCAGCCCUAUCUCAUGAAGAAUCUCCUGCGUAAUGUUCAUUGCCAAGCACACAUUGAGUCUCCUCUUAUUAGGCACUCAUUAUAUCCCCCACUGUUGUUGUUUGUAGCUAGAUGUCUCUCAUGUGGGCAUAGGUGGGGCUUUUCAGAGGUGCCUGGAUAUAGGGUGUGUGAUGUUGAGAUCAAAUAUAUGAUGCUGGUAUUGAUUCAUGGUGCAGUGCUAGGAUUAAGGAUGCCUCACCCUCGGUGUGAGUGAUACCUGCCCUAAGGGUGGGUAGCCUGGAUAGGAUAUAAGGGACAGAAAGAGGGCUUGCUGCUGUCACUUCUCACUUGCUGCUACUGAGCUUGUUGCUGCCUUUUGCUUGCCAUGAACUGUUUCUCCUCUGUGAUGUCCCUCGGCCCUGCCAUCCUGUCUUGGAGCCAGCCUACUAUGGCCU